ACCGGUUGCGAGAGAGUGUGAGUGUGUGCGUGUGCAUGUAUGUGUGUGUGCUUAAUGAAGCGUCACUCUGUGUCUUUCUUCCACCCAGCGAACAAGCAUCACUUGUGAAAAAGCGGCGCUUGAGACCGAGAAGUUUCUUGGCCAGCGGCUCGACUUGAAGUCUUUGUCCUCGCUCUACUAUUCUUCUGUUUUGCCCGUCUGCGUCUCAUCUUCACUUUCUCUUUCUUUUUAAUACCCGGCGUGAGGAUCCAGUCGGGGCGAGCCGGUUAGCACUGGGCGUAGCUGGGGAGGAUUUUGCUAGCUCAACGCUGCACUGACUGACCAAGACCCGUGCUCAGAUCUUUGGCAAUCCAAUUGGAACUGAGUGAACUGGACAGGCGACUUCUCUACAAGAGGAGAUGAAACCAGAUGGGGUUAUCACAGCAACGCUGGAGCCAAUGGAAAUUUCAGAAUCCAAUCCAGUGAAUGAAUUAUCACCGGGUACUGGGCAGGGUCCCGAUCAGGCACCCAAUGCCGUGGAAGAGAAUGUGGUACAGCAGUCUGAAGAUGUGGUUGCACCCAAACCAGAAAAGGUCAAGAAAUCUCCAUCAGCAAAGACCAGUGACAAAAUAUCAGGAGACUCCAAAGCUAAGAUCAUGAACAAGGCCAUACAGAAAACAAAACCCAGCGCUACCAACAUGUCAAAGACUACAUCUGGCUCACGACCCAACACAGCCUCAAGCCGCCUGUCAAAUGGUUUAUCUAAGCCCCAGACCAAUGGUGUGACUAAGAAGACCACUCCCGCAUUGGAUAAAAAGAGCACUCCAGCAGCUCCCAAAAAACCAACAGCUGCCUCUAAAACCACAGCUAAAGUGAAUGAAAAAAAACCUGCAUCCCCCGCCACUAAUGGUGCAAAAUCAGCAGUGGGAACCACAGCAACAAAGAAGGCGACAUCAACAACAGUUAAUGGUGUUAAAACCAGUGUGACAACUGCUGCUAAAAAGCCUCCAGCUCCUAAACCUGCCUCUGCAGCUUCAACAAGGCCCACCACUGCACUGAAGACAGAUAAGCCCCCUGUUUCUAAGCCCAGACCCACAACUGGCACAACAGCAUCCCGUCCCACCACCGCCUCCACGCGACCACCCUCAACCAUCUCAACCAAGAGCCCCGCAGCCACACCUAAACCUGCCACCCCAAAAACCUCUUCUACCACUGCCAACAAUGCAGCAUCCAAAUCAGCCUCAUCUACUCCCUCUGGUGUCAAAACCCCAGCAUCACAGACUUCAAGAAACACAACCCCAGCAAAAAAAGAUGUUACCAAAUCUACUACUUUAGCAUCCAAAAAGGCUGCAGACUCUCCACUUAGCCGGCCAUCUGCAACAUUGAAAUCAACAAAAUCUGAGACACCUAAACCAGCUUCAAAAUCAGACAGUAUCACCAAAAAAUCAGCUGCAGUUAAAGUUUCAGACACAAAGACACCAAGCCGUUCCAAAACACAAGAGAACAAGUCCACACCUUCUAAGGAUGCUUCUAAGACGCCCGCUUCUAAAACGGUGGCAACCAAGAAUGCUAGCGCUAAGAAAACUGUGGGCAGCAGCACACCAACGCCUGUGAAAAGGGGACCCAAAGCAGAAGCAGCUGCUGAAACUGGUAUGGAAAUUGCUGCUGCUGUAGCUGCUGCUGCAGCAAUUGCUAGUGCAGCAGCAACCAUUGUAGGAUCGGAUGAGCCACUACCUUCGACAGAAGUAGUUUUGGAAUCUCUGGGAGACACAGCCGAACAAAUGACUAAUCAGAGUCCAUCAGCCUUUCCAAUAUUAGGAAUGAAUUCAAAACCCACUGAAGUACCAUCACCAGAAGAAGUAAAUGAACUAACACGAGAAAUUCAAAAGGAAACCACACCAGAACCAAAGGAAGAACUCACAACUGAACCUAUAUGUGAAACUACACCAGAACCGAUGAGAGAAUUAACACCAGAGCCCAUACGACAACCAACACCAGAAUAUAUCAGAGAAAUUACACCCGAGUUUAUGCGGGACUCUACACCAGAGCCUGUCAGAGAACAAACACCAGAGCCAGUACCACAACCAACAUCAGAAUCCAUUCGAGAACCUACCCCAGAGUUAGAAGAGAAACCAGAACUCCAAAAAGAACAGACACCAGAAUUUCUCAGAGAAUCAAUACCAGAACGUGAAUGCGAAAUCACAACACAGCACCCACGAGAGGGCACCCCAGAACCCAUGCAAGAUUUAAGUCCAGAACCACUGCGAGAGCUCACACCAGAACCCAUUCAAGAUUCAAGUCCAGAACCCCUUCGAGAGUUUACACCAGAACCCAUACGUGAUUCAAGUCCAGAACCCCUAAGAGAGCUCACACCAGAACUUGUACAAGAUUCAAGUCCAGAUGCGCAGCAAGACCUCACACCAGAACCCUUGCGAGAACCAACACCAGAAGCACUACGAAAUCUCACACCAGAACCUGUCCAAGAACCCUAUCAUGAACCCCUACUUGAAACAAAGCAUCAGCCACAGCGAGAUUUGACACCAGAGCCCGUAGAAGAACAAAAUCUGAGUUAUGCACACAAAAUGUCUUCUGAGGUCUCAGAUGAAACAUUCGCUCAGUCCACAGAGGAGCCACACCUGGGAGCUGGAUUAAUCCAUGAACCAGCCUACAAUUUCAAAAUGGCAGCACAAAAUGACCCUUUCAAAUUUGAUCAUUCUGCGAGUGAGUCAGUUCCCUCACUCGGUACUACAGUGAUGUCUCCUCCCUGUUCCCCAACAGGUCCUAUUUCUCCUGUCAGAGAAUCCCAGAAUUCCUGGAACAGCAAUCAGACCUUCGGGCAAUGUGACACUGAUCCCCAGGCAUCUCACAGCUUGGUGAAUUUCCCAACAGAGGAGGGUAAUGAACAGCCUGAGGAAUGGGAGACAAGGGGAAAUGAAGAGGACUCAGAAGAAGACGAAAAAGAGAAUCUGAUGACUUCAGCUCCUCCUCCCAGAGAUACCUUCAACAUGAUGGCACAGCCUCAGUUGUUUGGUGCCUCAACCACAGAGGAUUUUACUUCCCGGGAUAUACUUUCACCUCAUGAAAAGGAAGUAGCAGUGGAGAAGGCCGAUGAAGAAAUAAAUGAAGAUGAGGAUGAAGAUGAAGAAGAUGAGGAACAGAGGAGAUUGGGCCAUCAACUGUCCUCCAUGAUCACUGAUAUGAGUACAUCUCAGCCUUCUGAGGAGUUCCAAACUAGACCUUCAGCUUUUGGUGGCUCUACUGGUUGGCACUGUGAUGAUCUGCUGUCAGGAAUGGACUCUGAGGACGUUAGCAGCUGCACCAGCAGCAGACAGCAGGGCAUUUCUGACUUAAGCAGCACCCAACACACCGCAAUAUUGGAAGGUACUCAGAGCUCAGAUGCCCUGAUUGACUCAAGCCUCCGUGGUUCUGAAGGUGAUGGUAACUUUAUGGGCUCUCCUAAUGUGGAAACCUUAGCCAAUGAGGAAGAUGAUGAAGAGGAUGAACGUGUGGAUGAAAUGGAUUUAAGUUCAGAGAGAGCAGAGGAGCAUCAUAAAGUGUUUGAGCAGCAAGAAGGAGAUGAGGACGAAGAGGAUGAAGAUGUAGAAAUGCACAGUGAGGGAGUAACAGAAAGCUGUGAGAAUGCAGAAGAAGAUGACUUUAAUGAGGAGGGACAUUUAGACAACCUUAAUCGCGCAGAUCCCCCUCUUUGUGUGCCUCCCACCACUUGCUGGGGUCAGACGAACCCCUUUUGUGAGACUUGGGCUCAACCUCAGCCCGCCUCACUUCUCUCUGUCUCCUCCCCCAGCCCUGUCUCCGAUCAUGGUGCAGGAGAGUCUGAGAGUCCCACGCAGUCCCCUGCCCAGACUGGGUUGGAUUGCAGUUCCCCUUUCUUCGCUCCUCUCGCUCCUCUGUCAGGGAAAGACUCUAAUCAGCAGCAGUCAUUCUAUGAGAUGGACACCUCCCUCCCUGAGGAUACGCAGAAGAUGCUUGCUCCUGCAGCUGUAGGCGUGUCCCAGUCCAGCGCUCCGAGUGUUACAGCUCAGGCUGCCCGCAGUGGCAGCGAAACAAGCACCCCAGAAGAACUACGUGACUAUGACAGCAGCUCAGGCGUGGAAUCCCGCUCUGACAAACAGCAUACACCGGUUCCUGCUUCAGUCCACACUGAUAUGGAGCAGGAUCUAGGUAUUCACUUGGAAAAAGGCGAUGGAGAGGAGGAAGAGGCUGAGACGCUCCCAGCUGAUGAGGUCCUUGGAACAGGACCCCCAACAGCUCCAGCAUCUGCCCCAUCUUCUCCGACCACCUCUGUAGAUGAGGCUAGUGACACUGAGGGUGAGAUGCAGAUAAAUGACCCUGAUGCACCAGUGAUUGAUGAAAGUGCUGCAUUUGAAAGUCCUACUCUGACAUGCAAUUUGGCUGCUCUUGAUGAAAAUGAGGAGGCGGGAGAAACACCAGCUGGCGAGGGUGAAGAGGACGGAGGUGGGACCACUCCUCAGUCGGCCAAUUCUGUAGCAUCAUACGGCUUUGACUGCACCACAUCCAACUCUAAUGCCCACUCAAUGGCUGAGAGCUGCGGAAAGAGCCCAGGGAUCUUCUCCUUGGAAAAUGAGGAGCAUCUUCCUGAGGAGGCCAAGGACCCGUCACUCAUUAAGGAACUCACCCUCCCAUCUGCUGCUGCUGCUGCUGACCUGCUGGGCCAACCUGUGGACCUGAUGCCAUUGAGUUUUCCAGAAGAUAAACAGCACCGUUUAGAUGACCACCACUACAUGGUUGGGGGUGAGAUUACAGAGCAGCACCAAGAGGAAGUGGAUCCGUUGGAGGCUAGUCACAACCUUGAGCCUCUGGAAUCUGCAAAUACCGAUGACAGCCAGCCGUCUUACUACUCUACCAUAUGUGAUAAGACUGAUUACCUGGAAGGAGACAAGAAGAAAGAAGUGGAUGACUGGCUGCAAACUUGCUCCCUGGAAGACAACCGGAACCAGAACCAUUCCACCACAGUUCCCAUAGCUAAUGGUCACUAUCUGGCACUGGUUCCAGGCAAUAGGAGACCCAUCGACCCAAUUGUUGCAGCUCAGUUUGCCCAAAAUGAACAACCUUUAAUCGAGAGCAACGACACGUGUGGUUUGCGUGGGGAACAAUUGCGGAGGCUGGUGGAGCACCAGGAAAAGCUUCAAGAAAUGCAGCACCGCCAAGAACAGGAGAGGCAGAAGAGGCAGUGGUUGGAAGAAGAGCGGCUGCGGCUCGAGCAGCAGAAGCAGUUGGAGAAGCAGCGAAGAGAACUUCUCCAGCUGCAGUUGCAACAACAGCAGCAAGAGCACCGACAACGCAGGCAGGUUCUGCAGUGGCAGCUGGAGCUUGAGCAGCAGUACCGCCUACAGCAGAAACACAUCCAACAACAGCAGCAGCUGAGGAGGAGCCCAACCGGUGUAAUGCUCUCUCCAUCUUCGGGUUUAUGCACAAUCUACGAAGCCAUGGAAACCAGUGAUGAGGAUGAUGACACCAGAGUUGAGCAUAACAGAAACAAUCAAGGCAGGAGGAUGAUGCGAGACUUCCAUACACAGAUGUGUCCAUUGCCUCGUCAGGAAGUGGAGUGGAAUCAAAAAGUGGACAUUGUUCAACAACUUAUCAACCAGACGCUGAUGUUGUCUGGAAAUGGAGAAUGCCCGCCUCUCCUGCUUCUACCCGUAGGGACGGGUGGAACCUUGAAUCGCCUGGAUAGCAGCAAGUGGCCCAACCUGUUGGAACAGUUCAGUCCUGCUGCUACAGUCACCUCCGUCAGCAGCUAUUCCCCAGACGGGCAGGGAGCUUCCCCACCUGGAGACUGGACUGUAGUGGAGGUUGAGACCCAACAUUAGUCAAUCAGUAAACAAAGGCAAAUAAUACUUUGAGUGAUUUGAGCUAUAUUUAUCAGUAAUUUAAGUAGCAAGAUUUAAGGACUGUCCUAACUCUGCCGCUUGUCACUGGAAGACGUCCAAUUCAUUUGAACUGGGGGGGUUGGGAGCGAAUGAACAACUUUGUGACCUCUCUUAGUUUAAAUGGUUUUGGAGUCUACCAAGGCCAAUGACAGCCAAUGAAUUAAUAAUCCAUUCAAAUAAUAGUAGGCUAAAAAAGCUCCAAGCAAUGAUAUCACGCGGCACACUUUAAAAACAUCCACAUUAUCAAGGCGCACAGAAGUUUUCUGCCAGUUUUUGGCAGAAACGUACAAUUCCACCAAAAUCUAACGAAAAUUUCCCAAUACAUUUUCAAUUGCUCCAUUCAUUUCAAUUGGCAGAAUCAACACCCUAAAAAAAGAUCCAUUCACUCCUUAUCGAUUUUCAAAUUGGACCUCCCAAAAAACUCUAUUGGUGGUCAUUAUUAUUGACACAAAAAGAUUUGUUGAAUUGCCUUAAAAUCAACAGGAAGUGCUCCAAAAUCGACUAAUUGACCCGUAAGUGCCCCAAAACCAAUAGGAAGUAAUCCGAAAUCAACAGGAAUUAACCCAGAAAUACCCUAUAACAGGGUUCACUAAAUCCGGACCUCGGUGCCGCUUUUCCUGUCGUGUUUUCCAUGUGUCCCUACUCCAACACACCUGAAUCAAAAUAAUCAAGAUCAUUAUCAGGCUUUUGGAGAGGUUGCUGAUGACA